ACCCCAGCUUAACAGAACAGAGAAGAAAGCAAAGGAUCUUACUUAAGAUCUUACAUGCAGGACUUGGCGCAGCCUGAAUCCAAACAGACUACUGUUGGAAAGGAUCUUGGGGACAUGCUGUAGGCUAGCCCCUCUGUUUAGCACACAGAGGGCAGAAGUCCCCCCGAGAAAUGAAAUGACUUGUUUAAGCCUACAGGCUGAGUGUACUGAGCCGGGGGAGCCGCACAGUUUUGAGCGUCUCCAGGUUCCUUUCUUCAUAGCAGUCCUAGGGAGGCUGGGAGGAGCAGAGCACGCUUUGCGCUGAGGCUGGGGGCUCGGUCUUUCCGGGGCGGUCCCUAGCGGUCGUGCAUUCCAGAGUCAUCCGUGUGAGGCUCUGAGCACGCAUCCCAGCCACUCCUGCGCGCUCCCGGACUUGGAGCCCGAGCACGUUCCCGGCGCUAGCGGGGCUGAGGUUCCAGAGCUGGGGUAGCUUGAAGCUGCUGGAUCCCCUGCGAUCCUGGGGACCCGGAAAAGCACCGGUUGCUGCUUGUAAAGCCUAAGUGGGGAUCGGGAUCGGAUCGAGGAAUCCUGUGGCUGGCAGUUCUUUGGUGUAUGGGCAGACAGUGAAUACUAAAUUACUCAAAGCCCAGGAAGGGCGGCUGCUGUCAUUCGCCUAUGAAAGCUGGCCAGAGGAUCGCUGUGAUCUGCUGAACCGCCCGGGCCAACAUGGAUGCUAUCAGUCAAUCACCUGUGGAUGUCCUGCUUCCCAAGCACAUUCUGGAUAUCUGGGCCAUUGUCCUCAUCAUCCUGGCUACCAUUGUCAUCAUGACCUCUUUGUUUCUGUGUCCAGCCACUGCAGUCAUCAUUUAUCGAAUGCGGACUCAUCCGGUUCUCAAUGGGGCUGUCUGAGACCCUUGAAAGUGGGAUGCCGUGUGAUAAGGACACAAAUCUCUCCCUCAGCCUCUUCUCAGAAAGACAGUGGGGAAGACUCAGGAGUUGGACUUUUGUUUUAGUUUUGAUUCUGCAACUGGCCAACAGUGUGGAUUUGAUCAACUAACCUAACUCUGUGGGUAUCAAGCUCCUUAGUUUUCAACUAGGGGUCACAAUCCCUGCCCUCCUACUUCACAGGGUUGAGAGCCAUGUGACUUAGCGGAGGUGAGUCCUGUGUGCAGCGAAGCCACACAGGUGUUGAGCUGUGCAAUGGGAAGCUUUGAAGAACCAAAGACCCUUGGAGCUGCUGAUGGUCAAGGAGGCCAGGCAGACUGGGAAAGAGAAGCUUUGGCCAGUGCCCCUCACACCAAACCAUGACAGUGUACCCCAUCCUCAGCAAACCAAACUUUUUCCCCGUGAAACUUCUUUCAUUUUUCUCGUUUGGGGAGAAGGAGCCAGGAAGGCAGGGGGAGAGAGAUGAGCACAAGUUUGAAGAACUGCUCUGCCAAACUCUGCCCCGUGUAACCCUAAGGAGAGCUUUGCCAUAAUUUAGCAGUGCCAAAGGAGGGGGUGAUGACCUGUACAGAGUCUCAGGUCUCUGUUGGAAAUGCAGGGUGGCUGAGUUCUCUGCCCAGCAUUCCAGCCCCUUUAUGUACCCCAUAGUAGAGAACUUCCCUCUGUCUGAACUUUGUUGUCAUUAGCUGCAUGAUUUUGUCAUUAAUUUUUUGUGGCACUGGAGAACCUAGGGCCAUGAUCUGCCUCUGAGCUACAUCCCCAGCCCUUCUGGCUCCAGCAACCAUCUAAAGUACAUAUUAUUUCAAGAGAUUUCCCAGGACUCUUGAACCCAACUCAAAACAACGAUGAUUAUUUUAGAUGCUAUGGUUUAUAUUUAUAUAGAGAUGUUUCUAGACCAUUAACGCUUGCCCUCUGACAUCCAACUCGGGCAUCUUGGGAUUCAUUGUUGUGUAAGAAGAUAACAUAUAUAUUAGGAUAGUAUUAUGUCAAAUGAUGCUUACUUUGAUCUUACUUCAUUGAUGUAUGCUUCCAAUUUCCAAUAAAGUGCCAUAUUGAGCA